AUGGUACCGGUGGCCCUUCUGGCCAUCCUGCUGGUCGCUUGCCCGCUCGGAAAGCUGCUCGGAAAGCCGCUCCAUCGCUCCCCAGGGGAUCCUGGGUGGGACCAGGCCUCUCCGAACAUCGUUCUGAGCAGCAGCAGGUGUAAGCGGGAGACGCUGCAGAGCGUCCGAAAGGUCAUCCUGGAUUCUCUGAGUCUGCAGGCUGAGCCGCACGUGUCUGUUCCUGGGAUGACGUGCCUCAGGGAUCAGUGGAAAGCUGUUUUUGAAGGCCCUGGUCGAGCCAUCCCCUUGCAACCAAACAUUCCUGGCAGUAUGAGGUCCUCUGAGCCUCUCAGUCCAGGGAACUCCACAGCCCCCAUGUGCUGCAAGCUGACCUCUCAGAUCUUCAUUAGAGAUCUGGGCUGGGACCAAUGGAUCAUCUACCCAGAGAGCUUUACCUACACCCGCUGCAGUCCGUGUGACCCCCGGAUGGACCCGAGCGUCUUUCACUGUGCAGAAGACAGUCUCACCAACCAUAAGCCCCUGGCACAGAACCUUUUCUCCGCUUGCAUGCUAAUGUCUUCCUUCCUUCAGAUGCCGUGCUGUGAGUCGACCUACUAUGAACUCCUACCGUUCCUCUACCUGGACGCAACAAGCGCGCUCGUCAUCACCUCGGUACCCAUGACCCGCGAGUGUGGCUGCCGACCUGUGACCCUAGGCCCUUAA